AGCGCCCCGCGUUCGCGCCUCCCGGGCUGCGGGGUCCGUGAGGCGGGCCGCGCCGGUCCCGUCGGUACAGCCGCUCCCGUGUGAGGCGGGCGCCGCGGUGCCCCUCCGGCGUUACGGUGCCGUGAGCUGUCCCGCACCUGCCGUGCGCUCCCGCUACGCGUUCGUUCGCCUGCUUGUAAGUCGUCGCUGGGGGGUCGCCGUGCCCUCGCCCACCCGUUACGGCGUUACUGUGUGUGACUCGCGCCCCGUGUGGGAGCUGACCUGCUGGAGAAGCGUCCUCAGGGGCAGCUCUGGAGGGAGUGUGUAAUUGUGCGUGUGACCUGCAUGGCUUCCAGGGAUCCAUCACUGGGACAGAGCGGCUCUCCUGCAGCCUUGCCGAUCGCCGUACGCCUCUUGGGCAGCUCCGCGUCCUCAGCUGCGCCUGCGCGGCCGCCUCCGCCUCUAUCCGCAGAGGAGCUCCACCUGCUCGAGCCCAAUGGCCAGGCGCUCUGCGAGCUGCAGCCCCUCGGGGCGCCCAGUGCACACAUGAUGAUUGUUGCCAGCCAGUCAGAAAAUGGCCAGGUGCUUCACGUCAUUCCUUCUGCCCAGCCAGGAAUGGCCCAGGUGAUAAUUCCUCAGGGUCACCUUCUGGAUGUCACUGGCACUCAGGAUGCUUCAGAAGAGAAGUGUGGUGAUGGGAACUUGCAGACUGUGGCAGUGGCUGCUAUAGCAGACAGUGUAAGCAGUUACGUUCUCCAUCCACAAGCAUCUCUCACCAUAUCAAAAAAAUCAGCAACCAGGAUAUUAGAAGACUCUUUUCCCAUCCCUCUCCAGCCCUUGCCAACAAAUGCACCUGCAUGGGCACGUCGCCUCUGGAACUGUGAGAAAAUUGGGGACUCAUACCGCGGCUAUUGUGUGAGCGAGACAGAAUUAGAGAGUGUUCUAACGCUACACAAGCAGCAAACACAAAGUGUGUGGGGGACGCGCCAGUCUCCAAGCCCGGCCAAACCCGCCACACGGUUGAUGUGGAAAUCUCAGUAUGUCCCAUAUGAUGGGAUCCCCUUUGUCAAUGCAGGAAGCAGAGCCAUUGUAAUGGAGUGCCAGUAUGGGCCAAGGAGAAAAGGGUUCCAGUCUAAAAAAGCUGGUGAGCAGGAAAGCACUUCUGGCUAUCUGUACAAAGCCACUUGUCCAGCAAGGAUCUAUAUUAAAAAAGUUCAGAAGUUUCCGGAGUACAGAGUUCCUACUGACCCUAAAAUUGACAAGAAAAUCAUAAGAAUGGAGCAGGAAAAAGCAUUCAACAUGCUGAAAAAGAACUUGAUAGAGGCUGGUGGUAUCGUCAGGUGGUAUGUGCAGUUACCCACUCAGCAAGCCCACCAAUAUCACGAAAUGGAAACUUCCUGCCUCCCUUCUUCACCCUCCCAUUUUUCUGCUGCUUUUCCUGAGGAGGAGGAGGACGUUGUUAGAGAUGAGAACUGUACUCUGCCUUCCCGCCUUCAUCCUCAAGUGGCAGACAAGAUCCGAGAACUGGUGUCUCAAGGGAUAGAGCAAGUCUAUGCAGUGAGGAAGCAACUGAGAAAGUAUGUGGAAAGAGAAUUAUUCAAACCUGAUGAGGUGCCAGAGAGACAUAACCUAUCCUUCUUUCCCACUGUGAACGACAUCAAGAACCACAUUCAUGAAGUGCAGAAGUCCCUGAGAAAUGGUGAUGUGGUAUAUAACUCAGAAAGCAUUCCAGCAACGCUACAGUGGACCACAGAUGGUGGGAAUGUUCUCACAGAAACAGUGACUGUUACGUUUGCCUCACCACCUUCCAAUGGAAGCUCACCAGGGGAGUCAGUCAUCACCAAAGCAGAAUCCAACCAGAGUGCGGAGACCUUGCUAUCAGAAAAAGCUCAGCUGUUAUCUUCUCUUUCUUCACUUCAGCCCAAGAUAUUUGCACAAUUUCAGGGAUUACAGAUGCAAUCAAACUUUACCUCCACAAAUGGAUCAACAGCCCUGAUAGCUGUAAAUAACCAUUCCCAUUCCAAUUCUGCAAGUCUCUUGGAUUCCAUAGAGAGUGCAGUAACCAACCAUCCUCCAGUACUUGGCCAGGGGCACAGUCUGCAAAAAGGUGCUGGCCUAGCACAGCACAGUGCUGCUGCCUCUGGUUUUGGGACUUCUGCCACUGAUCAGAAUCUUGUCACCAUGGGCCAUCUGGUAGCACUUGACAGGGAAGGGGACUCCAGAAACCUAGAAGGAGGAAUCCAGGAAGUUCUCUUGGGAGAUGUACAGACUAUUCCAGUACAGAUUGUGGAAAGCCAGCCUGCACUUAAUGAAGAUACUACAGAGGCUGGUAUCUGUAUGAGCCAAGUUAAACAAGAGCCAAGAGAAAAAGCACUGUCUGUGGAGCCAGAUAAAACCAGAGACUGCCAGAGAUCUUCCUCUGUUUAAAUCU